ACGAUUUAUUCCGGUUGCAACUUGGAAACGCGGCUCCUUCUUUUUGCCCUAAUCCACAAUUCCACAUACACAUACCUCCCUGUCCGCAUCACCAGCGCUCUAAUCCGGCCCUGUCUUCUCGAACGGUCCCAAACCCUAGACGCGACCUGAGCCCAUGUCAGGGUCUUACGGAUCCGACGACUACCGCGGCGGCGGCGGUGGCGGGGGCUACGGCAGCGGCGGAUACGGCGGCCGAGGUGGUGGCGGCGGCGGCGGCGGGCGUGGGCGCGGAGGCGGUGGAGGAGGGUAUGGAGGCGGCGGCGGGGGAGGAGGAUAUGGAGGUGGUGGUGGAGGAGGCUACGGCGGUGGCGGUGGAGGUGGCCGAGGCGGCGGCGGCGGCGGGUUCGGUGGCGGAGGACGAGGUGGUGUUGGUGGUGGAGGUGGCCGAGGCGGUGGCGGGCGCGGGGGUGGACGUGAAGGCGACUGGGUUUGCCCUGACGCGAGUUGUGGCAAUGUGAACUUUGCGAGGAGGACUGAAUGCAAUAAGUGUGGAGCACCUUGCCCAAGUGGAGGAGGCGGCGGUGGGGGUGGAGGUUAUAAUAGGUCUGGUGGAGGUGGUGGAGGCUACAACCGUGGCAGUGGUGAUUAUGGUUCUGGAGGAGGUGGUGGUUUCGACAGAGAUGGUGGUGGUGGAGGUGGGAGCAGAGGAGGAUACAAUCGAAGUGGUGGUGGUGACCGUGGUUUUGAUGAUCAUCGUGGUGGCAGAGGUGGCAGCUAUGGGGGACGAGAUCAGGAAAACCAAAGGGGUAGUGAAGGUGGCUACAAUGCCGGUGGCUAUGGACAAGCUCCUCCGCAAGGUCCUCCUUCCUAUGGUGGUCCUGCGGGUGACUAUGCAGCGCCUCCGAGCUCCUAUGGAGGCAACAAUGCUUAUGGUUCAGAUUCUGCAGUGCCACCUCCUAAUAGCUACAGUGGUGGCCCAGGCUCAUACCCACCAAGCUAUGGUGCCCCGCCUCCACACCAAUAUGGUGGUGCCCCAGGGGGGCAAGGGGGUCUGCCUCCUACAUACGAUGGUGGAUAUGGUGGUCGGUCCAUGCCUGGGGGUGGAGGAUCUGGAGGUGCACCGCCACCUUAUCAUGGUGGUGGCGGUGGCAGCGGUUAUACUGGUAGUGCUGACCCUGAACCAGCUGCAAAAGUUAAGCAGUGCGAUGAGAAUUGUGACGAGACAUGUGACAAUGCGAGGAUUUACAUCUCAAAUUUGCCUCCAGAUGUCACUGUUGAGGAAUUACAGGAGCUGUUUGGAGGAAUAGGCCAGGUUGGAAGGAUCAAGCAAAAACGUGGUUACAAAGAUCAGUGGCCCUGGAACAUAAAAAUAUAUACUGAUGACUCUGGAAAAGCCAAAGGAGAUGCUUGCCUUGCUUAUGAAGAUCCUUCUGCUGCUCACUCAGCUGGUGGAUUUUACAAUAAUUAUGACAUGAGAGGCUACAAAAUCAGCGUUGUGAUGGCUGAGAAAUCAGCACCCAGAGCAGCACCCUCUUAUGGGCAUGGCGGUGGCCGUGGUGGUGGCUAUGGUGGUGGUGGACGCAGGGAUAGUUACAGAGAUGGUGGGGGCCAUGGACCCAAUAGAAACCAGGGUGGUGGUUCGCGUUCGCGACCAUACUGAAAACAAUGAAUAUUGUUACUGUGAUUGUCGUCUGUGAAACCUUGCACAUUUCUAUUCCUGUUCUACGGAUUUGUACUCAUACAGGCGCAUAAGGUAGGUUGUCUGCUUUCCUUAUUGGACUUAUGUUAAAUUGUCAUACUGUGUCUUGGUCGGACUUUUGUUUGUCCAAAAGUGAUUGAUCUAUGUUGUAUGAAUUUUUGCAUAGAGGCAGAUGGAUAUAAGCUCCAAAUGCUGGUAGGUUUGUGAUGUUAUUUCAGCCGGUGGAUCACUCCUGUAAGCUUUGGAUUUUGCUGCGAGGAACAGGUAGGGCGGUUUUGUUCUGUGAUAGGUUUAUUAGAUUUCGUGUUUUUUAGAGGACAUAUCAGCCAACAUUAGAAUGCUCCACAUCCAUUUUUGUUUGAAUGGAUGGAUGGGUUUUAACUUAGACUGUAGCAUGUACUUAGCUUAGGUUGCCACAAACAUCGGGCUUCAAAUAGACGGUGACUUGUAGCUUAUUUUGGUAAAGAGCCUAUGCUUGGAAUUGGAUCAAGGCUGAAGCUCUCAUCACGUUUUGUGUUAAAGUGGUGAUUUGUAUAUAAAUAAGAGGUGAAGAAUUGCGUGAACUGUUGCUUCAUAUGCCCUGUGAGGCCUCUCAGAUGGGAGCUCGUUCCUUUGGUUAAUCGACCUGGAGGCAGUGUUUGACAACUUUUUUUCUUUAAGUACCCAUUCCAUGCCUGGGCGUGUAGAUGGCGAACUAGCACUGGUGUUUUCGUGGCUGAGGUUUCUUCAUAGUAUUUGAUUUCUGAAUUAUAUGACAUUUGUUGAUUGAAUUUU